AAGGUUUUUCAUUUUCACGUUUUUAUUGAUGCAACAGCAUGGGACCGCGUGGACAGAGUAUAGUUUAUUUGAAUUUAAAUGUUGUAAGUAAUCUGUUCUAAUUAAUUAAAUAAUAAUGUCGCAUAGAUGUGAAAAUAAGAGGGUGGACGAAAUUACUUUUGAAAACACGCCAGUUGAGGUUACUGAAAAUGUGCAGUUAAAAAAUGUUUUAUUAAAACUUGAAUCUUUAUCAAGAGAAAACGAGCAAAAACUGUUCUUGAAAGAAGUUGUUGAAAUAUGCAUACCUAGUAACCAAGAAAAAAUAACUAAUGUGGCAAUCAAAUGUAUUUUACAUAUUUUUAUAAAAUAUAGUUCAAAAAGGUUUAUUAAAAAAUAUCUUCAAGAUAUCAUAAUUCAAAGAGAUAUAGUAGAUAUUAUAGUUACACGUGUAGCAGUGGAGAUUUUAGAAACCUUUAGAAUUGCAAAAAAAUGCAACAUUAAACUUUGUACUGAUUUAUGUAAUUUUGUAUGUAGUAUGCAGUUUACAACAUUCAACUGUGACCCUCUCAUUGAUAUCUUGUAUCCCCUAUAUUUUAAAGUUUACUGUGGAUUCAUAGAUCAAUUUAGGCCAGAUCGUACAUGUAUUUCCAAUCAAUCUGAAGAGCUAUUAACUUUAGUAAAUAUUGUUUUAAAACAGAUUCUAAUAGUGUUUGGUAAAAAUAUUCCAUAUUUGGAAACUAUAAAAGGAAGUUUUACUCUGAAUCUUAUUUUUUUAUCUCACACUUGUCUUAAAGAAGAAAGAAUUGGGUUUGAUGUAAAAACAAAGGCAGGAUUAAUUUUAGCAAAUGCAUUUAAUAUAACUCCAGAAGUGUAUUUGAAAAAAAUUAAACAUAAGCAAUGUGGUACGAUAGACCUCAUAGAAGAUUAUAAUAAAACCAAAAAAAUUAUUUUAUAUGGACAUGAUUUGACAGUUUUUAGUGAAAAUGAACAAAAAAUUAUUCUUUAUUCGUCAAUUAUAAAUGUAGUAUCGAAAGAAACGCUCUAUAAAAUGGAAGUUAAUGGAAAAAUUUUAAUAUGUGUUUUAUAUGAUGCACUCAUAGAGCAUGCUAAAAGAUGCACUAGUAUUUCCAAUUUAAUUAUUGAAAUAAGUAAAAAUCUGGUAAAUCUCAGUAAGCAAAUGAAAGAACUUCAUUUACUCCUCAUGCAGCCACGUUUUAUACAAGGCAUAAUAUUUGCUUGGUCACAUAUUGACCAUUUUGUAGAUGCUGUGAAACUUUACUCGAAAGCAUUUUUUGUAGAAUUGGUCAGUAUAGCUGCCGAUCAUCAAAAUAAAGGAUCUAAUGUUCUUUGUGAAAUAUUGAUGGAGAAUGUCAAACGAUUUGGUAGUAAACAAACAAUAAGGUUCAUUGCAUUGGAAUCUGUAGCUACAAAAAUAAGCUGCACAUAUUUGUUGGAACACUGUACAAAACUUGGUGAUGAGCUGUUGAAAGUCACUUCCGAUCCAAGUAUUUCAGAUGAGGCAGCUAAAGCUUACAUAACUAUAAUGGAGAAACAUUAUUCAGAAGUUGAUAACAACACCUGGAUGGAAACUUGGAUAACUCCACCAGCUACAUUGCUGACAAUGUGUGUACAUUGUGCAAAUAUAUGUGAAAACAUUAUUACAAAAGGUUUUCAGUUGCAUCCUGAAAUUUUACGUAAAAUAUUUCCUAAAAAUUACAUUGGAAAUCUUCAAGAGUGUGAAGUAUUAUUGAAAUGUCUUCGGACUGCUCGUCAAAAUAGUUUAGAGCUUGUAAUUGAAAGUCCGGAAAAUUAUAAUUUGUACUGGAGAGGUCUUAUAGAUAAAGAUAAAUUGGAAAGUUUCAUGAUACAUCAAGAGGAUGAGAUUCGAAUUACAGUAUUAGCGGUAAUAAUAGAAACCCAAAAGUCUACAGAAUUAUUUUUAAACUGGGAAUUAGAUUAUUUAAUAAAAUAUAUUCAUUACAAUAUAACCACACAAAUACCACAUAUCAGAAGACAAAUAAUUUCUUAUUACAAGAAAGCUUUAACAAGAUUCAACGCCGGAUUUGCCGUAUUAAGCAGAAAUCUUGGAAAUUUAGAAAAAAGAUUAGAGAUGGGUCAUAGGACACCGGAAGUAUUGAACACCAUAACGAUUUAUAGAGAAUUAAUUGACACUUAUAAAAAGUUCUUAGAUAUUUUUACAAAAUAUUUAAUUUCUAAUUUAACUUUUGAUUCUAAUUAUCCAAGAAGGGCCGUCAGUUUAGAAUUAUUAAUAACGAUUCAAAUAAAUCUCACUGCUGAUAAAUGGCAAUCGUUGUGGACGGAAGAUGACAUUAAAAAUUGUCAUAGCAUUUUAUUUGAUUCCUAUGAAUCGAAUAAAAAAAUGGCAGCAAUACUCUUAAAGAAGCUACCAAUAAGUGCUAUUGGAUUUACCAAUGUCGAUUUCACCUUCAAUUACAUGCAGCGAUGUUUUGAAUUCGCUUUAGCACUUAAACCGUCGAAAACUCUAUCGGCAGCUUACCUGUUACAAGUCUGUGCAACGUCGCCUUUCUUUUUCGAUAUAGUACAGACUGAAAACGAACGCAGAUACGACGAUAAUCCAAUAUUAGAGAUGUUGUUUGUGUUGACUGAUAAAUUAAUUCUGCAGAUUAGCACAAAUGCCGAUGUAAUCAACACGAGAGUCUCGAGUUAUGGAUUGCUUCUAAGUAUUCGACACAUCUUACAGACAAGAGAUAUGACGAAAAACAACAAAGAAUUUGCCGAUCUGUUCGAUAAUCUCGCCACGAUAUGUAUGAACUUAAAGGACUACGUAAUGCCGAUAGUUUGUAAUCCGUCUCCAGAAGGAUACUUACCAGAAGCUAGCGAAAUAAUAAAUGAAUCUGAUGAAUCCGUUAAAGCCCAAUCGGUUUUGGUUUAUGCAUGGAGGACAAUGAAAGAGAUGACACUUCUUCUAGCAGAAAUAAUACGACAGUCGAUCAAAUUCGAAGGGCAACUUACGAUGUUACCUGUCGACGUAAUCAUAAAGGUUGGAGAAUUUUUCCUUGACGUGUUCAUAGCUACAAAACAUAAAGGAGUUUUUGAACAAGCCUUCGUCGGAUUUAGUCAUAUUUGCGAUUCAUUGUGGGCGUCUUCUAAUUCUACAUUAAAUUGUCUUCCAAAGAAGUGGCUUGAAGAUACUUUAUUGCUUUGUACAGGAGAAACACCAUCUGAUAAAUUAUGUGCGACAAGAAGAAGUGCAGGACUUCCAUUUUUAAUUCUGGCGUUAAUUACUUCAGAACCAAUAAUCGAUAAAACUAGAUUUCACCAUUUCGUCAAAGGAUUAAUAAAAGUAACUAAUAAUCACGAAGAAUCUAAUAUCGAAUACAGGACACAUUGUAUGAACGUCUUAAGAGCUCUAUUCAGACAUACCAAACUAGGAGAAUUGGUGAUGGCAUAUAUUGCCGAAGUUGUCAUAGUUGCCAUUUCAGGUUUUCAGAGCGAUGCUUGGGGUGUAAGAAAUGCAGCAACAUUACUUUACGCUACACUGAUGACAAGAAUUUUUGGUGUCCUAAGAACUUCAGAUGGUGAAGAAAUAUCAGAAAAAAAUAAAUUGACAGUAAGAGUAUUCUUCAUGAGAUUUCCAGCUCUUUUCCAUUUUAUUUUGGAAACUCUGACAAUAGAAUGUACAAAAAAUGAUAGUUUGUUGUUACAUCCAGUGUUAUUGAUUUUAGGCCGGUUGUUUCCAUCGCAAUUUGAUGAUUUUAAUACUCAGAUGGAACAAUAUGUACCACAUUUGAUUACAUGCCUGACAAACUCGGUCUAUCAAACUAGAGAUUUAGCAGCCUGGGCAACUAUAUCAUUCAUAUCAGCUGAUAGAACUGCUAAUCAUCUAAAUGCAAUGUUUGAUAAAUUGAGUGAACCGAAUGUAAUUGACAAUGAAGUGCAUGGUUGUCUUCUACAAGUUCUGUAUAUUAUCAAAUAUAAUUGUGAAGUGACUGAUUUACCUAUAAGUGAAUACCUUCAAAAAACUAUGAAAAUAUUAAAAUUAGUUGGAACAUCAUAUAGUCACUUAACGGCUUCCACGUAUAUGGAACUCAUCAUGGUUAUACUUAAAAAAUAUACGAAUUACGAAGACUUGGAAAUGUUGAAGAAUAUUGUCAGAAUUCUCUCGAAGCAGAUCACAUCGAAAGUAGUACCCAUAACGGCGAAGGGUAGAUAUUAUCAAAGGAGGAUGUCAUUACUUCUAUACAUUGUUAUAAACAAAUUUGAAGAAACUUCAUUGACGUAUUCAACAGCCAUCAAUCAAAUACUUUGUCAAAUUUAUGGAAGAGAUUUAGUAAUGAAAAUAUACAGUCUUAAUUUAUUUAUAUAUUUAAAUCAAUUACAAUCAGGUUUUAAGCACGCACUGUACCAAACAGAUGAAUUGCAGAUACCUAAAGAAAUCAUCGAACUGUGCGACAGCUUCGGCCGCCCAGCAGUGAUCAAACUUUUAACCCAAAGUCAUCAGUACGUGAAAUAUUUUUUAAAGGAAGAAAUAAAACACCAGCAUUAUGUAAGAGACGAAGAAAAAGUCCUUUUAUUUUUACUUCUUAAUUAUUAUCCUUGCGUCAUUCGGCGUUUGCAUUUGAGUAAUCAGGAAACGUUGAAUAUGUUCACGAGACUGUGCAACACCGAUAACGAAGAAUUAGUGAGCGCAGUGAUUACAUGCAUGAGUACGCUUCUAUUACAUUUAGACUACAGGGUGUUGAAAUAUGAAUCGUUGAUGCAGGUUUUGAUAGAAAGUGCUUCACCAGCUGCGAGUGAUUACAGAAGACUGGCUGUUUGUGAUUUUUUGUCUAAGAACUAUAUUUUAUAUUGCAACGAAGACAAUAUUCUGGACGGUGAUGAUCUCCAAAUGAUGUUGAGUAUAGUAAUGGUUUUAUUAGAGGAUGAUGAGCUGAUAGUCCGAAAUGCAAUGAGCGAAUUUGCUACAUGUCUAAAAGACAAAUUGUCUCGUAGUAGUGGUGCUACCAAACAAACAAAAUCUGGUCAAAGAUGGGCGGUAAUACCAGAAAAGGCUAGAGAAGAUCUACUAACGUUAAGUUCCUUAAUACUUCCCAGAGAGAGGGCGAUAUGUUUUUUGUUUGGUUGGUCGUGUCGCUAUUUCCCCGAUCCUCUGGAUAACGAGACAUCUGAGGUACAGCUAUUUGAAAGGGGAGAACUGAAUACGUACGCAGAAAAUAACCCAUUCAUGGAAUACUGCAUUGUAGUUAUUAAUAGACUCCUAUGGAAUCUCGAAGACGGACUCUCCUACGAAGACAAGUCAAUAUUCAUAGAAGAACACACCCUACUGAUAACUACGAUUCUUCUAGAUGCCCUUACAAAAUAUCCAUCUCCGAUGAUGUUGUACAAAACCAAAUUAUCUGUGAUAUGUGCUUUAAAAUCCGCCAUUAAGUUUCUAGAACGGUUCGAUGUAAAUACAAAUUUUUUAGAUGAAUUUAGGACGUACAUGAACGAUACCAUAUUUGAGUAUUUAACUAAACACGUUGUACACAACGAUUUGUUCAGUGUUAAAUGGGUUUUGAAGAGAAUUUAUGACCCUGUUUUGAAAACUAAUGUUUAAGUCUUCAAACAAACAAACCAGAUAUUGACCUUUAAUGUGAUUAUUUCAUUUUAUGGGUCCAAAAAGUUUUUAUUUAUAACCAUUUAAUCAAAAUUAUUGGCAAAAACUCAGUUAUUUCUGUUUGCUCUUGUAUUCAUAUUUAUUUUUGAAAAUUAACUGAUUAAAAAAAUGUUUCACAAAAAAAUUAUGUAUCAAAAACUGGUACAUAUAUCCGCUUCUAAUUCAAUCAUUAAUAUUGGUCAAUCCUGGUCUACCGAUUUUAUUAAAAAGUUGUAUAAAUUUCACGUUUUAAAUAUGUUGUGCAAAAUUGAGUGACUAAAACAAUUAUUUAAAUACAAAGUUGAUCAUGAAUGGAAUAAAAAUAAUAAUUUGAACGUUUGUUGGAACAGCGAAGCCUUAUCUCUAUUUUUAUUUAUACUUUUGACGUGGAUUAUAUACUUUUUUAAGGAAAUUUAUAUUUUAUAUUCACAUUACAACCUCUCUAAUCCGAACAGACUGGUGAAAAAACAAAAAUUAUAUAAUUUCUUGUUAUUCGUGAAAUAGAAUAUUAACAAAAAAAUUAAGGUGUAAAAACAAUCACUCACUAACACUCCCUUUUAGUUUGGCAAAGAAAAUUAUAAGCUUGUUAAUUAAGAACAUUCCUUUAUAUUAUUUUAAACCUCACGUUGUCAAAUGCUUUUAUGUAGUACUUCUCACUCAUUCUUCACUGGAUUGACUAUCAUUGUCUUCAAGUUUUCUGUGGAUUAUAAUAUCAUUGGUUCCAACACCCAAAUGUCCGUUCUUUCAUUAUUUUGAAUCUUUUAGUCAAACUUUAUACCUGGAUUGUAAUUUCUACUACUUAUUCGACUUUUUUGAUAUCAAUAACAACUCAUUAUUUAUCACCGGAAUCCUUUAGUCGAACUUUCUACCUAUAUUGUAGUUUCUAGUACUUACUCGACUUCCACAACUAUUUUACUUAAUCUAGUUAUUAGAAUACCAUCUUUAUGGUAUAUUAACUUUUUAAUAUUUUCUGGAGUGCAAAUCCUAUUUUUGCAAGAAUUUCCAAAAAAAUUGCAACAUAUUGAUUUAUACUUUCUAGUAGUUGAGUAAUGGGGUCUUUAGAUUCAACCACAUUUUGAACCAGAAUUUUUGUGGUGAAAUUCUUGUAAUAUUUGUUGUUACAUUGGCUUUAAAUAUUUAGGAAAAAACAAUAAAGAAAAUUUGUCAUAAUCUCUGGUUAACUCUGAUGUCUUAAAUCAUUGUCCAAUAUUAAAAGUACUUUUGGACGCAGAUUAUGUUAUUUCAGUUUCCUCUCAAAUUCACCAUGGUAGCACAAAGGAAAUAUAUCUGUUAUGACCAAAGCUUUCUUUUUUCUAAUAUACAAAACUGACUAACAGCAACAAUUCCAGUGGCAUUGGAAUAGGUUAUGUUAACUUUAAUGACUGGGACUAAUUUUUCCCCAAGAUGGGCCUAUCUUCUACUUGGCAAUACUUUCUAUGAGUCCACUAGUGUUUUUCAAUCUCUGGGUCGCGUCCCCCCUUAGUCGGGGAGUCGCCGACUGAAAGAAAAAGGCAAGGAACACAAUUUUAGUGAGAAGAAUGGACUUGUUUAUUUUUCAAAAGUUUAUCAAAUCGUGAUGUUAUUUUUGAAAUGUUAAUAAUCAAAUCAUUUUCUAAUUGCAGUCUAUUUCUCUUUUUAGUCUUAAUGUUUACCAUUGCAGAAAACGUCAGUUGACACAAGUAUGAAGUGGCGAAUGGCACUAAUAAUUUUAGAGCUCUCCUUGCUAGCUCUGAAUAUUCGUGUUUUAUUUUCAUCCAAAACACGUCGACAUUUUGGGAAUAAAAUUUCAUUUUAAGCAUGCCAUCAGCAGCUAAAUCUAGAAGAGUUUCUUUGAUAUUUGUGGUGACAUCAGCCAGAUCUAUUGACUUGUCCAAAAAAGGGUUUAAAAUUCAUCUACGCCCAUUGUCAGCUUCAGAGUGCAAGUAUUUCAAAAGUUUCUCUUGUAAGUUAUGCAAGUUCUGUAUCAGGCAAGGAAUGUGAGCUCUUACUACAAGACUUUUGUUUUGAUGCGUUAUCUUCAAUUAUCUUCUGAACACAUGGAAAAGACUCAAAUAUAUUGUUUUGCAGAGAGGAUGACCACAAACGAAGUUUUGCGUGAAAUGCUUUGACUUUAUCUUUAGCUGUUCAAAUAUUUUCUUCUAGACCUUGGAGGUGCUUGCUCAAAUUAUUAUGAUGGCUUAAAAGGUCUGCCAAAAAUGCUAAUUUCAUGAGCCAAAUAGUGUCACAAAGACGAUUAGCAUAUUCAGAUUUUGUAUCUUAAGAACAUUAAUAAUUCAGCUCUCAGUUAUAGAACUCUUGUCAAAACCUUUUCCUUUGGAUAACCACCUGGCCUCUGUGUGAUAAAGGAGAUUUUGAUGAAGCAAGCCCAUAUCUUCACAAACGAUUCUAAAUAGCCGGGUUUGCAAGGCUUUACCUUUGAUAGAAUUCACAAUUCUUAUUACCUCUUGAGCACGUCAUUUAAAUCAGAAGGUACUACCUUAGCAGCUAGAGCCUGUCGAUGAAGAAAACAGUGUGCAGGACAUGUUUGGCAUUAUCGAUUCUAAUUUCGCGCAAUCGCUACAAAUAGCGAUACAUUUUUUCCAGUCAAUAUCGUAGUCGCAAGUGUUUUCUAAAAACAUAUUGUACAAACACUGGCCUGAAGUGCUUUACACAAUAAGAUUUCUUCCAUGAUACUCUCUGUCUGUUUCAAAGCACACGAAUAUUACACACUGAGCACAAUCUGAAACAUCUGUAGAUUCGUCAAACUGCAUAGCGAAAGGUUGCCUGUACUUUAAUUUUUCGAUUCUUGUUCUUGAAUAUUAUUGGCCAUAUCAUUUAUUCUGCGUGAACUUGUAUUAUCAGAAAGUGGUAUGUUUUUUAACUUGUUUGCCUCCUGCUUAUUGACCAUAAUUUCAACCAUAUCAAGAGCUGCUGGUAAAAUCACAUUUUCGGCAAUUGUAUGUGGUUUCCCUGCUUUAGCAACUCGAUACGCGAAUUUGUAGCUAGCUAAUAAUGCUGACUCAUUGACACUGGAUGCCUGGAAAUAAACAAAACAAUAUAAAAGUGAAUAGUCAAUAAAAAUUAAGCACGCAGAACCUUUGCACACCAAAAUUAAGUUUAAUAAAAAGUUGUAUGGCAACAAUCAUAAAACAGCAACAAUUAGAAAAACUACAACAGCAACAAUUAGGAAAACACUAUUUUAUUACCUGAAUCAUAGUAUUUUGCUGACUAAGAGCUUUCGACUUUCGUUCAAAAAAAUCCAACGGCUUAUCAGCUUCUUUUUGAUGCUUGGUUGUGAGAUGCCCUAUAAGCUUUGACGUUUUCAUACUCUCACGUGAUAAAACAUCGCCGCAAAUUACACAUUGAGGUUUAUGGUUUAUGACUGUGAACCCGUAUUUCAAAUAACUGUCAUCGUAAUGACUAUUUUUUUUUCGGGUUUGAUUCACUACAACCGCUAUUGACACUCGUACCAGCUGUUGAAGGUUGCGAUCUCUUGAGAAACUUAUCAUUUUACAUACGAGCGGAGCGAGCUAAAAAACAAAAGAAUGGCGUCCAUACUUACCUUGUACCUACUUUCAACUCUCGCGAAUUGUAGAGUAGAUCUGAAUAUAAAUAGAUAAAUGUAUCAAAGUAGAAAAAAAUCAUUAACGUAGUCUUUUAAUUAAAUUAUAUUAUUUUUUUUGUCUUUCUAUGACACAAGGGGGUCGCCAGAAUUUUUCAACUUGUAAAGGGGUCGCGAAAUUAAAUAGAUUGAAAAACACUGCACUAAUAUAUAUCUGAGAGUUUUUUUUUUUAAAUGGCAACACAGCAUCAAUCUUAUUAGAAAGUGAUUCCCCAUGUAUACUUAACUAAUGGACACCAAAUUUCUUGAAUGUAUGAAGCUAUCUAGUACUAUCUUGGGAAUUGUUUUUUCUGUAGAAAAGCUUUUUUCUCACAAAACUACUCCCAUUCAUUGUAGUAUAUAUAUAUAUAUAUAUAUAUAUAUAUAUAUAUAUAUAUAUAUAUAUAUAUAUACAUUCCCAACAAAUGGUUAACUAAUGGAUACCAAAUUUCUUGAAUUUUUGUAGUCAUCUAGUACUAUCUUGGGAAUAUUUUUUUCUGUAGAAAAACUUUGCUUUUUCACACAAAAAUAAUCCCAAUGGUUGUAGUGUAUAUAUUUUUUACAUUCCCCACAUCCAGUUAACUAAUGGAUACCAAAUUUCUUGAAUUUUUGUAGUCAUCUAGUACUACCUGGUUCGUUUUUAUCUAUAAUUUUUCUGUAGAAAAUCUUUGUUUUUUCAUACAAAACUACUCCUUAUCAUUGUAGUAUAUAUAUUUUUUACAUUCCUCUCAUAGGGUUAUCUAAUGGAUACCAAACUUUUUGAAUUUUUGAACCCUUCAGUGCCAGCUCGGAAAUCGUUUUUUUUUAUAUGUUUCUGUAGAAAACUUUGAUUUAUCACAUAAAAAUACAACCAGUGAUUAUAGUAUAUAUAUUUUUUACAUUUCCCACAUACGGUUAACUAAUUGAUAUAAAAUUUCUUGAAAUUUUGAAGCCAUCUACUAUUAGCUUGGGAGUCGUUUUGUACUGUUAUAUUUCUAUAGAAAAACUUCUCCUUCUCCCAUUGAUUGUAGACCAUUUAUUUUUUACAUUAUCUUCAGCUUGUUCUUGUAAAAACUAUGUAAAUACACCUGUUGUUACUGAUCCAUUAUGCUAGACCUAUUUCCAAUACCAUAUACUGUUAUAGGUUGGACAAAGUACCAAAAAAAUGUGAUAAUAGACUUUAAAAAAAAGCGAACUCCAUAAAAGAAUACUGUUCUGUAUAAUCAAAUUUGUUUGUAGGAGAAAAAUCUGCAAACAAGUUUGGAUUAAGAGGUUGCACUGUUCUGUUGAGCUGCUGAAACUCGUUUUCUUCUACUUUUUAUUUUACCAGUAUCUAUUCAAGUUUUUUUAUAUUUCUCUUGAUCAAAAAUAUCCACCAAAUUAUUUUUUUGAUCACUUGAUUUGGUUUUUUUAGUGGUCACUUCAUCUGAAUGUCUUAUCUGAUAUUUUCAGUGGUUUGAAUUCAGUUUAUGAUAAAGCUGAUGUCUUUUUUCCGUUAAUUCUUGUAAUUUAUUUAAAAACUCAUUAUUAUUAAAUUUGAGAGAGUAAUUGCUGUAAUAGGAAUAUCUUAAAUUGAGUUCGACAUUUCGAAAUAUCUAAUGAUAAUUUAUUUUAUUUUUCCUAUUUUCUUUUAGAUAUUUCUUACACUGUAGUUUUCAGUUAUAAUCAGAUUUUAUUCCUUUUUAUUAAGGGUUUAUUUUUAUAUAUUUUAUUGUAUCAUUUCCAGUUUUUUUUACCGUAACUUGCUACAAUGCUCCUUCUUAAAAAUCAGCUGGAGUACUAUUCAGAACUUUUUUCACUUACAACAUUUAUUAUCUUUAUUCAACAAAAUUAACUUCUUAAUAAACUCACAGUUUGCUACUGGAGAGUAUUUUAAAUGUUUGUGGGACAUAGUUUGUAUAUUUUUCUGUUUGGAUAUGUUUGAUAUUUUUUUAAAGAUAAACUCUUCGAUUUUAAAAAUAUUAUUUAUUGGAUUAAAUGAAAAUCAAAUAUGAGAUACAAAAAAUUCAACUUUUUAUCUACAUAUUCUGACUUGAAUUAUUGUAAAAACAGCGUCAUGAAAUUAAAAAUGGACAUUAAAUUAAGUAAAAAAAGUGAAGUGUAAAAUAUUUGAUUGUAUGUCGACCAAACUUACUUUUAAGUAUUAUUAAUUCAGUGUUUAUUUCAAUUUCAAACAUUUAAAAUUUAGUGAUCGUUAUUACUUUCGAGCCUUAAGUGUUAUUGAAAGAUUUUUAUCAUCGAUUGUAAUUUUGUUUUUAUUAAGAUAAAUAUACUAUUUUAAUACUAUAAUAA